CGGGGCGGAGCCACCAAGCCGGGCCUGGCCGACCCGGCCCGAGGUCCAAGCAGAGCGGAAGAGCAGCGCCUGGACCCUGCGCUCGCUGAGCGCCCUCCAAGUGCUAAUACAGAACUCCUUUCAGUUUACAAACCACAUAAUUAUAACAUCAAGGAGGUUAGUUUUGUCCAACUGAUUUGGGCUGGGCUUCACAAUGACAGCAGUAACAGUGACCACGACAGUUCCCCUGAAGGGGAAGAUAGAAGAUAAUUCUGCCUCGUAUGAGUCCACAUCAGCUCACAUUAUUGAAGAAACCGAAUAUGUGAAAAAGAUUCGAACUACUCUGGAAAAGAUCCGAAGUCAAAUAUUUAAAGAUGAAGUAAGACAUCAUAAUACAAAUCACAAACAAGAUGCAAGGCACUGUCGACACGUUCAAAAUGGCUUUGACUCUGAAAUGGACCCCUCUUGUUGCAGUUUGGAUCUGCUCAUGGAAAGGAUAAAAGGAAAAGACCUACAGCUCUUAGAAAUGAACAAAGAGAAUGAAGUGUUGAAAAUCAAGCUCGAAGCCUCCAGAGAAGCAGGAGCAGUGGCUCUGAGAAAUGUGGCCCAGAGAUUAUUUGAAAACUAUCAAACACAGUCUAAAGAAGUUAGAAAGAAGCAUGAGGACAGUAGACACUUACUCCAGGUUAACACACUUGAAAAAGAACAGAAAUUGAAGCAACAUGUUGAAAAUCUGAAUCAAAUUGCUGAAAAGCUUGAAGAAAGACAUAAUCAAAUCACAGAACUGGAGAAUCUUGUACAGAGAAUGGAACAGGAAAAGAGGACACUGCUAGAAAAAAAACUGUCUUUGGAAAACAAGCUGCUGCAUCUCAAAUCCAACGCUGCCUAUGCUAAAAGUUGCCAGGAUCUUCAAAAGGAGAUUUCCCUCCUCCAGGAGCAGAUCUCUCAUCUGCAGUCUGUGAUUCACUCCCAGCACCAGAGCCUGCGCAGUGUCAUCCAGGAGAUGGAAGGCUUAAAAAAUAAUUUAAAAGAACAAGAUAAAAGAAUUGAAGAUCUGAAAGAAAAAGUUAACAUACUUGAAGCCCAGAACAAAGAACUGAAAACCAAGGUGGCACUUUGGUCUGAAAUUCCUAGGCCGAAGGUAUCCAAGGCCAUCUCUACAAGUGAAUUGAAGACUGAAAGCAUGACCCCAUAUUUGAUGUUGGUUAGGCUACGGAAAUGAGGCGCCUGGCUGAAGAUCUGAAUGAGAAAGACCACUACCUGCGUCUUACUUACUCCUUGAAACACAGUCUAAAUUUACAUAUUAAAACUGCUCAAUGACAGUAUUUAAUGGAAUGUAUUGUAUUAUAUUUAAUGUAUACAUCAAUAACUUUGCAGGAAGAUGACAUUUCAGAAAAUCAAACCAAUAUAUAUUCAAAGAAAGGACCUCUUUCUUCAAAACUUACUAAUGGAUGAAGAAACCAGAUGCUUUCCUACGAUGGAAGAUGAAUUUUGCUUUAAACUUAAAAAAAAAAAAAACUGAAUUUUUUUUUUUUGGCAGAUUUUUGCUGAAGGGACUGGUUAAGGUUGUCAACUUUGACCUUUUGAUAGUGGUUUUUAUGUACAGUCAUCCCUAGGUAUCCACAGGAGAUUGGUUCCCAGAGCCCCCUCGGGUACAAAAGCCCAUUCGGAUGCUCAGUCCCAUAUAUAAAAUGGCAGAGUGCAGUUGGCCCUCUGUAUCCAUGGUUUCCACAUCCAUGGAUUCAAUCAAUCGUCGGUGUGGAACCUGCAGGUACAGAGGGCUGACUGUACAUAAAUAUAAGGAAGAAUAUACAGGCAUGCUUCCUUUUACUGUGCUUCACAGACUCUGUGGGUUUUUUUUACAAAUUGAAGGUUUGUGGCAACCUUGCAUCGUCAGAUGAUGGUUAGCAUUUUU